AUGGCCCCCAAGAAGAAGGCCUCACGUCAGAAGAAGGUUGCCGUAGACACCAUCGCUCCGGUCGCUAUGGAGACGACCCCCUUUCCACUGAAGGUGGAGAGCCGUGGUGACGGUGUUGUGGUGGUGGAGAGCGGGGUGAAGAAGAUCGAGCAGAUGGCAGCGCUGGACAUCGCUCAGCUGAACAGCCUCAACCUGCCGCUGCCGCCUCCAGUCAUCAAGCCUGGAGAGAGAGGCCUGGGUCUGGGCAGCGAGCUGACCCGACCCCUGCACGGAAACGCCCUGCUGGAGGAGCUCAGCAAGAUGAGACAGGAGAAGUUUCUGACUGACCUGGAAUUGGGCUGUAAGACUAAAGCUUUUGACGUCCACAAGCUGGUCAUCUCUUCAGUCAGUCAGUAUUUCAGAGAGAUCCUGGCCAAAGACCCUGGCAUGAAGCGCCUGGAGCUCCCUUCACUCUCACCUCUUGGCCUGGCCAACGUGAUCACUUUUGCCUAUCUGGGACGUGUCCACAUGUCCCUCUACACCAUUGGCUGCACCGUCUCAGCCGCUGCGACUCUGCAGAUCCCCCAGCUUCUCAAAAUGUGCAUGGACUUCCUGCUGGCCGAGCUGAACGUCCAAACCUGUGUCUACAUUUGGAACAUCGCCGCCGCCUACAGCCUGGUGCCCGUGUGUGAUGCCGCCCGCCGCUUCGUCCUGGACAAUUUUGUGCAGUUCGCAGAGACGCCGCUGUUCACCCAGCUGACCCUGGAGCAGAUCUCUGCCUUCCUGCAGGAGGACUCACUGGUGUUGCCUUCUGAGGUCACUGCUUUCCAGCUGGCCAUGAGGUGGCUCGACUUCGACGUCGCUCGUCACCCCCACGCUGCGGAGCUUCUUUCCCACAUUCGUUUCGAGACCAUCCCAGCCAGCGAGAUGGUGAGCCAGAUCCAGCCAGUGCCGCGCAUGAUGCUGGAUCCUCAUUGUCACCGCCUGCUGGUGGACGCCAUGAACUACCACCUGCUGCCCUACCAGCAGAACACCCUGCAGUCCAAACGUACGCAAGUCCGCGCCAGUCAGCAGACCUUGCUCACCGUCGGUGGCCGGCCAUCUCUCACUGAGAGAGCUCUCAGCCGUGAGGUGAUGUGGAGAGACCCUCGUGAUGGAGGAGCCACCUGGCGUCACCUUACCCAGCUGCCAGCGAAGAGCUUCAAUCAAUGUGUGGCUGUGAUGGAUGGCUUCCUGUACGUGGCAGGAGGAGAGGACCAGAAUGACGCCCGCAACCAAGCCAAGCACGCUGUCAGCACCCUCAGCAGAUACGACCCUCGCUUCAACACCUGGCUCCACCUGGCCAGCAUGCGCCAGCGCCGUACCCACUUCUCUCUGGCAGCCAGCGGCGGACGCCUGUUCGCUAUCGGCGGCCGCAACGUGGAGGGUCUGCUGGCCACCACUGAGAGCUACCUGCCCUCCUCCAACACCUGGCAGAUGCGUGCUCCCAUGGAGAACCCCCGCUGCUGCCACUCCAGUGCCACCCUGCCCUCCGGAGACAUCCUGGUGAGUGGUGGGUACAUCAACUGCGCCUACUCCCGCUCAGUGGCGUGCUACAAUGUUAACACUGACACCUGGAGUGAGAAGGCUUCCAUGGAGACACCCCGCGGCUGGCACUGCUCUGCCACCCUUGGAGGGAAGGUGUAUGUGGUAGGAGGAAGCCAACUGGGGCCCGGUGGCGAGCGGGUGGAUGUUCUCUCUGUGGAGGUCUUCUCCCCUGAGAGUGGUGUGUGGAGCCGGGCAGCCCCCCUCCCGCUUGGAGUGAGCACUGCCGGUUUGUCCCCAAUGGCUGAAAAGCUGUACCUGCUGGGAGGCUGGAACGAGGCAGAGAAGCGCUACAAGGCGGCCGUCCAGAAGUACGACCCGGCUACAGACAGCUGGUCCAUGGCGGAGGAUCUGCCCGAGCCCACUGUGGGAGUGUCCUGCUGCGUGCUGUCCCUGCCGCCCCGCCACACACCGCGCCGGCAGCACCGUAACACCCCGUCCCACGAAGACCAGCAGCAGGCUGGGAAGAACCGGAGCAGAGAAAGCAGCAUGGCUCCAUCACAGAUCAUAACAGCAUAGAGGAUCCUCACAGGAGGCAAAGACUAGAGGACAAAAGGGAUGGUAAAACCUCUGGAGAACAUCUGGAUCAUGCCUGCUCUGUUUUUUUAUUGAUGUCAAAAAGUUGCAUCUUUUAACACCCAAAAAAUACUGAUAACAAUUAUAAUGGAGAGCCAUUCUCCUCAUUUUUAUGAUGAUAAGAAAACUAAAAUAAUAUCCAUGUAUCUGUGCAAGAAAGAAAUCAGAGCUUGCAUGCUCUAGUGUGUUCUCAGUGGGGUUUUUCGAGUGAUGAUAAACAGAGGAGAAAAAGGUGGAGAAGGGAUGAAAUGGAGAAUGAAGGAGGUGGAGGUAGAGAGGUGAAGGCGGGAUGGUGUAGGAUGGAAAGAAGGGGAACAGUAGCGGGCUGUUUGAGGUGUUUGGGUUGAAUAAGCGUCACUGUGAAUCCACUGGCAGUUUGUGUACAAAGAUGUAUCUAGGCAGCAUGUGUGACGAGUAACUGUGAAAAUUAGUGUGAAUGUGUGUGACUGUGAGUGUGGAGUGAAUGAACGAAGUGUGUGAUCACUGUAGGACAUGAGCCAUUUACUGUUUCUGACAAAAAACAAACAAUAAUCAAUCAUUUUUCACCAGCAAACUUGAAAUAUUUCUCACUAUUGAAGUAGACCAGCGAUAAACAAACCUGUUUAUUGUAUUAUUUAUUUAAUGGAUAAUGUGCAAGAAGUAGUGAAGUUCAAUUGUAAUAGAAAUGACUUUAAAAAGAAA